AUGCCUGCUGUGCCAGUGGGCGGGGCAUCCUCCUCCCACCACGUCGUACCUGUGGCCCUCACCUGCUCCUGGCUGUUUCUGCUCUUCCACACGGCCUUCGGUCAGAAACCUGCCAGGCUGCCCCUGAUCGGCCGGAAGCCCUUCAUCGCGGCGUGGAACGCUCCGCUUGACAUGUGCGCCAUUAAGUACAAGGUCACCAUCAACCUGGACCGUCUCUUCCACAUCCACGGGAGCCCGCGUGCUGAUUGGACAGGCCAGAACGUCACCAUCUUCUACGCCAACCGGCUGGGCUACUACCCUCACUACAACCACCAGGGCGCUCCCGUGAAUGGCGGCCUGCCGCAGAACAGCAGCCUGGACCUGCACCUGUUCAAGGCCUACCAGGACAUCAACCACUUCAUCCCUGCAGAGGACUUCCGCGGCCUGGCUGUCAUCGACUGGGAGUUCUGGCGGCCUCAGUGGAAUCGUAACUGGCACAAGAAGGACAUCUACCGGCAAAAGUCGAAGGAACUGACUGCCAAGGCGUACGUGAACGUGACGGCGGCGCAGGUGGAGGAGCUGGCACGCCGGCGGUUUGAGAAAAGUGCCAAGGCGUUCAUGCAGAGGACUAUUCAGCUGGGGACGCGUCUUCGCCCCAAUGCCCUCUGGGGUUUCUACCUCUACCCUGACUGCCACAACUACAACCUUCACGAGCAGAACUACACGGGCUUCUGCCCCCUGCUGGAGAGGCUGAGGAACGACGAGUUGCUGUGGCUGUGGAACAGCAGCACGGCGCUCUUUCCCUCCGUGGCGAUCAGGAAAAGUCACACCAACAGCAUCAGCAACCUGCACUUCUCCCAGCACAGGAUCAGAGAGUCGCUCCGCGUCGCCUCGCUGACCUCCAAGGAGUACGACCUCCCCACCUACGUGUACAUGAGGCUGGGAUACCGAGACGAGCCCCUGUCCUUCCUCACCGCAAAAGACUUGAUCCACACCAUCGGGGAGAGCGCCGCUCUGGGAGCUGCUGGAUUCGUCAUCUGGGGCGACCUGAACUUGACCGCAUCGAGGCCUAACUGCACCAAGGUGAAGUCCUUCCUGAGCCACCGCCUGGGUCAGUACAUCAUCAACGUGACACGGGCCGCCGAGGUCUGCAGCGACUUCCUGUGCCAAGGGAACGGCCGCUGCAUCCGCCGGGACCCCCGCGCCCGCCAUUACCUCCACCUGAGCGCCAACAGCUACCGCAUCCGGCCCGCUGGCAACGGGGACUUUGCCGUCACCGGGUGGCACUCUCAACACGAACUGCAGCUGCUGACCGAGAGGUUUCGCUGCCACUGCUACGAAGGCCACGAGGGCGAUAGCUGCGACAGCAUCAACAAAGUGAAGGAGGACGACGGGCCGUGGAGGGAGGGCGAGGAGGACGAGCAGGAGAGGAAGAGGACGGAGUGGGAGGAUGAGCAGGAUGAACGAUGGGAAGCUGGGGAGAGUGCAGCACCCCGAACCGGCUUCAGCCUUCACAUGAUGUUGUUGAUGCUCCUGUUGAACUUAGCGUUAGUAAAGACAGUCGUAUGA